UGUCAUCCAGACACGUUAUAGCUGACGAGAUCAAAUAAGGGCAGAGACGGAAUAAGUGACAGCUGAUAACAGGUUCGCGGUGUUAUUCCUUUGAUUUUUGCCUUUUUAGGGCCAUCUAGUUCCCAGAACCUCUGACUGGGUAAUAACACAUUCUUCUACAUUAGUUUUUACCCUGUUGCCGAUUACACGUAUACCUAGGUUUGAAUUGAAAUCACUUGAACGUUUUCUUCUCCUCCGCUCACUAGAACAGCUAUUGGUGUGUAAUCAGAUUUUCAAAAAAUGUUGUAUUACACGACCAGCCUGAAAGUCUGACUAAAACUGAAAGAGCUCCUUUGAACUAUGCAGCUUACUUAGGUAACUCAUAAAGUUCCUUCCUUUAACUGCGGGAAGGGUAGGAGUGCAAACCAUUUUCCAUUGAAACAAAAACUUAGAUGCAUAGUGAUAAGUCCACUGUGACUAUUGUAUUAGAUUACAUCUAUAAUUCAUGUUCUCUAUUUUUCCCUUGGUUACCACAUUUUUCUUCUAGUCUUGAUUCUCUUUUUGGACAACACGCUUGUUUCCCUAAGUUACUGAUAGUCUUUAAAUCUUUGAAAUACUGUUUUCCCCAAAGGAUCGCAAAUGUCAAAAAAUGUUUUGGCAAGUAAAUGCUGAGUAUUGAAACUGAUGUUUAAAGGAACUACUUAUUGAUCCAAGCAUUACUUUGGAAAAGGAUAAAUAAAGAAGAAAACGGAGAAGGAGCAAAGCAUUGAUUGCAAAUGUCUUAAUAAUGAGCAAAUGUGGCAGGAAAAAAUAUAUUAAGACAAAUGUAAGACAAAUGACCAUGGAAACAAUUGAAUCUCGGCAGGAUGGAAGUAUAACUGAUUCUGUGGCAGAGAGAGAAUCUGCUCAUAUGCAUACUCAGACUGGCCAAAAUUCAAUUCCUACUUUAGCUCAGGUUUCUGUAGCUGGAUCAGGCACUGGAAGAGGCUCCCCAGCUGUAACCCUAGUGCAAUUACCUUCGGGCCAAACUGUACAUGUCCAGGGAGUAAUUCAGACACCACAACCAUCGGUUAUUCAUUCACCACAAAUACAGACUGUUCAGGUAGCAACAAUUGCAGAGACAGAUGAGUCUGCAGAAACAGAAGGUGUAAUUGAUUCUCAUAAACGUAGAGAAAUCCUUUCACGAAGACCCUCUUAUAGAAAAAUACUGAAUGAACUUUCCUCUGAUGUGCCUGGUGUUCCCAAAAUUGAAGAAGAAAAAUCAGAGGAAGAAGGAACGCCACCUAACAUCGCUACCAUGGCAGUACCGACUAGCAUAUAUCAGACUAGCACGGGGCAAUACAUUGCUAUAGCCCAAGGUGGAACAAUCCAGAUUUCUAAUCCAGGAUCUGAUGGUGUUCAGGGACUACAGGCAUUAACAAUGACAAAUUCAGGAGCUCCUCCACCAGGUGCUACAAUUGUACAGUAUGCAGCACAAUCAGCUGAUGGCACACAGCAGUUCUUUGUCCCAGGCAGCCAGGUUGUUGUUCAAGAUGAGGAAACUGAACUUGCCCCAAGUCACAUGGCUGCUGCUACAGGUGACAUGCCCACUUAUCAGAUCCGAGCUCCUACUACAGCUUUGCCACAGGGUGUAGUGAUGGCUGCCUCACCAGGAAGUUUGCACAGUCCCCAGCAACUAGCAGAAGAAGCAACACGUAAACGAGAGCUGAGGCUAAUGAAAAACAGGGAAGCUGCAAAAGAAUGUCGACGUCGAAAGAAAGAAUAUGUAAAGUGUCUGGAGAGUCGAGUUGCAGUGCUGGAAGUGCAGAAUAAGAAGCUUAUAGAGGAACUUGAAACCUUGAAAGACAUUUGCUCUCCCAAAACAGAUUAGUAGAAAUAUUUAACUAUGAACUGAUUACAACAUGUACAGUUGCUUUUGAAGGCAAUACAAUAUAUAGCCGGCAAGAAUUAUGGCUUUUUUCCUUUGUAUCAUUCAUCUUACUUUCUAAUCUCUAACAUUCCUAAAAUGCUUCCCUGUACGUAGUUAACUCUUAGGUAUAACUUCAAUUUUUUUUAAAAAGAGACAAACUGUAAAAAAUGUAUGUAACAAAUUCUUAAAAUGAAAUAUUUGUAAGACUUGUUCCAAUGCUACAUAUUUGCAGUUCCCAAUCUCUGUGUCAUGAAUAGUGUCCUAUGUAAUAAAACUUUUUGCAGGUCUUUAAAAUCAUUUUAGGAAAGGAUGAUCAAAUGCAUCCAGCAGUAAAAUAAAGUUAAACCACAAAAAUACCUCAGGAAAGAAUUGAAAGAAAGUAUAUCUAAUGACAUGCCUAUAUGAGAAGAAUAGCCUAGAAAUGAAUUUUUGGAAGAUUUUUGUAUUAGUCACUUUGUAAAGAAAAUAUUAUACAGCUGUCCUUGAAUGCUAUAGUUGAAGACAGUUUUAAUAGAACCAUGUUGGUUGCACUUUGUAGUAUUUGGUGCUUAUUUAAAUUUCUGAACAUAUAUUACAGUUUUUUACUCUAUUGUGUAAUAUAAAUUAUCUUUUAGAAGUUCUUAGUGUUGGUUUGAUAUUAUCCAAUGAAAGUGACAAGAUAUUUUUAAUAUCUAAAAGGAAUUAAAAGCCUGUUAGAAUUGGAUUGCAUACAUUCAAGGGUAUGAGCUGAUUCCUACACUGGGUCAUGAUCCUUGCAAAUGCUCCUUUUGCCAUCUCAUCUAAGGAGGACCCCAGGGCUGGGGAUGUGGCUCAGUGGUAGAUGCUUGCCUAGCAUGUGUAGGGCUCUGAGAUGCAAUCCUAGUCCUGCUAAAUAAAUGAUAAAAAGGAUGGUCCCAGAGAUUUGUACAGAAGAACAGAGCAGAACGACCAGAGGCCAGCCUUUGUGAUGGACUGGCCCUUCCUGUUAGAUGGUCUGGAGAUCUGCUGAUGGCCAUCAUCUGCAGGCAUUUUGAAAUAAAACCAAAAAUAAUCCGAGAUUUUAUUUUUCAUUUCAAAACAGCUUAAAGUCCAUAUCACAUCAGAUAUUCUUCUGUCAUUAUAUUCAGGUGAAGUUCCUUAUAAUUGAGACAGCAGUGUUGCUACUGGUACCCACAAUUCAUCUUACUUUUAUAGUAAAAAGCUUCAAGGCCUAGCCCCAACACCCUAACCAUACAACAUUCACCAGUAGUACUAAAUGUGGACUAUGUACUCCACUCUACUGUAUUUUCUACUGUAACUUCAGAUUUGUUGAGGACCCCCCACCUUUAGUAGCAGAACUGACAAUGGAUAUAGGGAGGUACAAAAAUAGGAGAUCAUUCCUAAAGUUCCAACUGCUGCUGCCCCCUUAUCAUCAUCAUCAUUCUUUGUCUUAUCUGUAACUUCCAGAAGGUAGGGAAUGCUAUUCUUGGCUUUCUUUUAAAAUACUUACUGCAGAGCCUGAGCUUGAAUUUCUUUUGGUCUUUUCUUCUAUAGAGAAGUAAGAUGAGGAAAGAAGAUGUAGAAAUAAAAAGGAAAGGAAAACACCAAACUUUAGGUGAAAGGAAAUGGUUAUUUGCACUUAACUCAGUCAGUUACUAUAAAUCAGUUGUGUGCUUGGAGUGGUAGACAUGGAGAGGAAAGCACAGGACUCAGCAGACAAGAUGUAUAGAGUUAGAGGCAGUAAAUGCUGUGUUAAAAUUAGGGGAAGAUGUAGGCAGGGAUUAAAUAAGAAACUUCAUGUAGGAGGUCCAUUUGGAACCAGGCCCUGAGAUGAUUGAUGGUGCUGGGGAAGAAGGUAUUCCAGAGUGGGAAUACAGAACAUGUGAUGUUUGGAUUUGGGGUGGGGUGGAGGGGAUGAAGGGGAAAUAAAGUAAAGUUAGUACUCACACAAGAGUUAGUUUCAUUAGAAAGAGAGAGCACACCUGUAAUGUCAGUGAUUAGAAGACGGAGGCAGGAAGAUUACAAGUUCAAGGCCAGUCUGGGCAGAUGAGUGAGACCUUUUCUCAAUAAAAAAUUAAGAAAAAAAAAGGGCUGGGGAUGUAACUCAAUGGUAGAACACCCCAAUUCAACCCUAACUACUACAAAAUAAAAAGAGAGCAAGAAAUGUAUAUGCAUGUGUGCACUCUGUUACUUCAGUAGAAGAGGAAUAUGCUCAAUUACUUGAGGUCACGAGUAACAAAAAUCCCCCUUCCCAAAGAUGCAGAAAUUAUAACAAUUGGCUUUAGUAAGCGAGAAGGUACUUAGCUCUAGCACGCCACCACAAACAAUUUUAAUUAAGCAGAACAUCUCCAUCCUCUCAACUUUCCAAUGGAAAGAUUUCUCUGUAAUUUAUAUCAUGCCUGAAACAGUUAUUGAAAGUCUAUAAGUGCAAGUCCUAUACUACCAAAUAAGGAUUGAGGCAAGAGGAAUUUUAUGACCUUACAAAACGAGAAGUCCACAGGUAGGAGUUACCAAGGUUGCUUAGUUCUGUGACAUGUCAAGACCAGAUUCAUCUUUCUGUGUUCUCAGAUUCCCUCAGUUCUCAAAUUGCCACCACAGUUUUAGGCAGUGAAAGAUGGAAAACAUAGUCACCCCUCCCUUAUUUAUUUGUUUGUUUGCUUCUGGACACCUCUCCAUAAGUUCCUCAGCAGCACACUCCCUCUGAAUCUCCUAGGCCAGACUUUCAUGGUAUCUUUGUUUCUUAACCAAUCACUGGCAAGAAGAAUAGAAUUAAAAGCACUGGGUUGUUAAUGAAGAUUCAAUUCCUAGAGCUGAGGAAAGUUCCAGGCUUUGGGAAAGCAUAUGGCCAUCAAUGUUAAAUAAAAUUGGGGUUCUGGAAGAACUGUGUGUGGGCAACUGGCAAUAUCUGCUGUGGGGAUGAGUGAGUGCUUAAACCAUUCUCAGGAAGUCAGGAACAGCUUGUGAGAGGGCUUGAGGCUCAAGCCAAGCUCUGAAAGAUGCAGAGGAAAUUUUUAUUCUUUCUCCUCCAAUUUGUUCCUGUAACCAGGCUUUUGCUACCAAAAUAGUCCUAUUCAAUAGCUCUCCAUUCAGCUUUACAACAGAUAUCGCCUACAGUCUGUCAGGGAAGCAAGUGAACAGUAAGUUGGAAUCUACACGAAUAUUUACAUCCUGUAUGUCACUGUUGCUUAGAAUCCAGAGCUGUCACUGCAUUUGUUGUCUUUUCUUAAUCCUGAAAGUUUCAGAAUCUGAACUGUGGGAUACAGAAAUUACUGAUCCUGGGUCAUGGGAUUACAUCACUUGUUUGUCAUGUUUAACUAGGUACUUCAUGAUGCUAAAUCUUACAUGAUGGGAGAAUAAAGGAAAUGCAUGUAUAUUAGUAUAUAAAUGUGUGUGACCACUAUCCUUGCCCCAAAUUGAGAACAUUUAGCAUAAGUGGCAUACUUUGAGUUGAUGGCAACUGUUUUAAUGUCUAAUGUCUCAUUCCUUGCUCAACCACGCUUCUAAAUUUUCUUUACAUACUCUUCUGACAUUCAGUGCAUGCUGUCUCCUAUAGGCCUAAAAGUAAACCUCGAAAAAAAAAAAAAAAAGGCUGUUUUCACAA